UCUCACCAACAAUGACACUUGACUGCCGAAGAAUCGACUGGAGGAAGGAUGUUUCCAAAUUGUUAUCAACUUUCUCGUUUUUCUUCGCUUUAACAUCUUCCUUCUUGUAAAGAAAAAUUAUAAGAAUUACAAAAAUUCUAAAUGUCUCUGUAAUUACAUACGAUUCCUUGAAUUAUUUAAUAUUAUUUCCAAGCAAGAAUAUUUCCAGCCGGAUCUCGAAGAUUCCUAAUGUCACGACCGUCUGAAAGCAGUCGUCGUGAAAUCAUCUUUACUCGCAGAACAAUUAUGAGCCAGACAAUAAAGUGAUUAUCGUUAGCUGAUGAAUGAAUUGCACCUUCGAUCUGAGGAUCGCUCGGCGAAACCGAGGCAGAAUAGCCUUGGCGAUCGCACGAGGUAGAUCGCGCGAGUGAUUUUCGUGCAAUAAAGUUGUCGAAUCGCGGAACAAACAUGCCCGGGGGUGUCGUAUUCCUGGUCUGCAUUCCCACUUUGAGCUACGAGCACGAACUUGUGUUCGGCGUGCCGCUGAAGCGCUCGAAGAGAAUUGAGAGGAGCAAGAACAGGCUCGCGACGCCGAAGGUGGAUCUUCGUAUAAAGGAAGCGAAAACCCGCGCGCAAUUGCUCACGCUCGACGAUGAAGGUCACGGUGACGAUGACGAUGACGACGUCGGCGUCGAUGUCGGCAUUGAUUCUAGGAAACGUGUUCACGGAUUUCCCGCGCGAUCGAAAACACCGGUUUUUGUGUCGAUGGAAACGGUGUUAGAAGAGCUUCUCAAAAAGCUAAGAGUAGAGCACGUCGUGUGGUGCAAAGACAAGGAGGAUAUGUAUUAUGAGGUGAUAUUUCCGGUGCCCGCCGGCGAUCCCUGCGAAAAUUGCAUACACUGCCUCACCGAGAUGGGUAUCGGCGUUAAAAUGAACUCGAUAGUGAGCGUAAUCCCGACGCAAUGUACGUACAGCGGUGUGAACGAUGCAGGACCGCUGGCUGUCAAGGACGACGUUGCCCGCAGACGGAAAGAAUCGGAGGAUCGUAAAAACGCUUGGGAGGAUUUCGUAGGAUCUAUCAGAUCGAAAUUGACGGUGAAACAGGUGGUCGAUGGCGUUCGCAGUGGCGGCGAUCUUAGUUUCGAUUACGUGUGUCUGGUAUUAACCGCGGACUGUCUCGCUGCACUCGGUCUCGUCGAGAACAGUGCAACUAAUGUUGUUGCAGCCAUGCUAGUUUCUCCCCUCAUGGGACCUGUGAUGUCUCUGACUUUCGGGACGAUCAUAGCCGACAGAGACCUGCAACUGGUCGGCUUCAAGAGCUUGAUGCUCGGUAUCUUCUUAUCGAUACUCUUCGGCUUCAUAUUCGGCCUCAUCCUCGGUACAACCGAAAUGCCUUGGGGUUACAAUGACUGGCCAACCGACGAAAUGAAGGGCAGAGGCAACUACAGAUCUCUCUGGAUGGGUGUUCUUUGGGCCCUUCCAUCUGGCACAGGUGUCGCGGUCGCUUUGCUGCAAGGCAGCAAUGGACCGUUAAUUGGCGUCGCUAUAUCAGCUUCAUUAUUACCGCCAGUUGUAAAUUGCGGCUUAUUUUGGGCUCUAGGAUGCAUAUGGCUCAUAUAUCGGCCAAUAAAAAUGCCCCAUAUCAAAGGGGAAUCUUAUACAAACUUUAAUAGCACCUACACGUACAUCUACAGCGAUUACUUGCCCGUAGAAUUCUUCUGCAACGGCAUUAUCAGUGCGUGCCUGACGUUUAUCAAUGUAAUGUGCAUCUUUAUUACGGCGAUAAUAGUCCUGAAGAUUAAAGAAGUGGCCGCACCGUAUACGUCUACGCCGGAACUGCGCCGGUUUUGGGAGCACGACAUCCGACUGGUUCGCGAUAAGAAUAUCUCUAGAGAUAACAGUUCCUUGAGUUCAAGUUUCUACGAUGGAUUGAGCAAAACUAAGCAACGAGCAUUGGAACGCAAGCUAAACGAAGCGGUCAGGGAAGCGAUGGAUGAUGAAACUUUCAGAAAAGUACAAAGGCUUAGUUAUGGGCAACACGGACCGGAAGAGAUUGGCUCUCGGUUUGGUCUUCACGGUCGCGGAACUGCGGGUAGAGGCAACAUAAAGAACAGUGGAAACGUCGAGGAAAUAAUAAGUGGGGAUCUACAGUCGCACAAAGGCUUAGCGAAUUCUGGCAAUACAAGCGAAGACUUGAUCGCAUUGGACCGCUUAAUAACGUAUCUUCUGAGCCAGCCAAGCAACCCCACUGGCAACAACCUGGAUUCGUGGAGACGCUCGCAUCGAGCUAGUGCACGUGGCUAUAGACAAUUACGUGGCACUGCCGCCGAUAUCGCGGAGACCGGUGGCGUUGGCACAACGCCUCUUUGAGCAUAAGUUGACAUUUAAAGAAAAGCCAACAUCGCAUGUACGAAAAUAGCAAUGCGAUAGCAAGUUUUAAUUUAAAUGUCACAAGUGAAAUGAAACUGUAAUAAGGACGAGGCGCAUGUAGAAAUGUUGAAGUACAAUUUUUGCUAAAUACGAUAGAUUAUUGACA